AUGACAGGCAAAAUGAUCGCGGUUUCGGAAGCAGGGGUUUACAAUUCAGGAGUAACCCCGUUGGGGAAUCUUACACCAGCAAGAGCCCGAGGUUGUCCGAAUGCAACUUUAGCGUCGACGCAGCUGGAAACCUUCGAUAUUCUGCACAAGUACAACAUGAAGCUAAACCCUGAGAAGUGCGCCUUAAGAGUAGAUUCGGGCAAAUUCUUGGGUUCAUGGUGUCAAAUCGGGAAAUCAAAAUCAAGGCCAUCGAGGACAUCAAGAAGAACGAUUUCAUCUGGACACCGAGACUUGGAGGAGUUGAAGCAGUACCUAUCAAUCACACCCUUACUGCACACUUCGAAGGCAGAUGAACAGUUAUACUUGUACCUGGCAGUGUGUGAGGUCGCGAUAAGCGGCGUCUUAGUUCGGGAAGAGGAAGAUACGCAAUUUUCAAUCUAUUAUGCUAGUAGAACUUUGGGGGAUGCAGAGAAACAUUAUCCCUACUUAGAAAAAUUGGCUUUAGCAUUGUUAAGCGCAUCUAUGAAGCUUAAACCUUAUUUUCAAUGUCAUCUUGCAUGCGUGGUGACCACAUAUCCAUUAAAAAAUGUCAUGCAUAAACCGGAGCUGUCCGGUAGGUUAGCAAAAUGGCCAAUUGAGAUUAGUGGUUAUGACAUCGAUGAUAAACCUAGAACGGCUAAAAAGUCUCAAAUCUUAGCAGACUUCAUAGCAGAUUUCACACUCGCAACGGUUCCCAAGGUAGAUAAAGAACUUUUAUUAGCCUCGAUAAAAACAUCAGGGAUCUGGACCCUAUACACGGUCGGAGCAUCGAACGUGAAAGGGUCUGGACUUGGGGUAGUACUUAAAGCCCCUGGGGGCGAUAUUAUUCGACUGUCCAUAAGAACUUCAAAGUUGACUAAUAAUGAAGCCGAGUACGAGGCUAUGAUUGCAAGUUUAGAGCUGGCCAGAAGCUUGAGAGCCGAAAUCAUCAAAGCAAAAUGCUACUCACUUUUGCUUGUCAAUCAAGUAAACAGAGUCUUCAAAUUGAAAGACGAAAGAAUGCAGAAGUACUUGGAGAAAAUUCAGGUGAUUUUGCAUCGAUUCAGAGAAUGGACUAUGCAGCAUGUGCCAAGAGAGAUGAACACCGAAGCCGAGGCAUUGGCCAACUUCGGUUCGUUGGUAGGAGUGAAGGAAUUUAAUUCAGGAACGCUCGUUCGACUAAUGAAAUCUGCGGUAGAAAGCAGCCAUGUCGAGGUAAACACAACUAGCUUGACUUGGGACUAUCACAACAAGUACAUUGAUUAUCUCGAAGAUGGGAAAUUGCCCAUAGAUCCUAAGGAAUCCAGGUGUCUUCGGACCAAAGCGGUGAAGUAUUGCUUGAUCAAUGGAAAAUUAUAUAGACGAUCAUUUUAUGGUCCUUUGGCUAGGCAUUUGGGCCCCGGAGAAACUGAUUACACCAUGCGCAAGGUUGUAACAGGUUGUAAAGAAUUGAUAGAAGUAAUUACCGGGUUUUGGGACAGAGAUAGGAUGGUUUUUCGAUUUGGGGACGACGUUGAGAUGAUGCCGACUUUACAGGAGUUCAGGGAUGUAUUGACUAGCGUAGGCUCGAAAUUGAAAAGAAGAAAGAAUUCCAACCAAAAUGCCUUAAUCCCAGAAAAAUCCACCUACUCCCAAAUUUGCAAAAUGCUGUCCUUGAACUAUGCCAAUUAG